AUGACCGACACCGCCGCCCCAAUCGAGCUUCCUGUCAUUGACAUCUCGAACCCGCAUGACCCCGCCGUGGGGAAGGCAAUGCUCGAUGCGGCUGCCAAGUAUGGGUUUUUGUAUGUGAACAGCAAAGGUACCGAUUUUACUGCUGAGGAUGUGGAUCGUGGAUUUGAAUUGUCCAAGAAGUUCUUUGCGUCUCCCGCGGCGGAGAAGGAGACCUGCCGGAUCACCCCGAACAACCGUGGAUGGUCAGGUAUGCACACAGAGACACUUGAUCCGGAGCAUCAGCGGACUGGAGACUUUAAGGAGGCUAUGAACUUUGGAGAUUUCAAAGACGGCAAGGCCCAACAGCCUCUCUCCGCAUCACUGGCACCACAUGAAGCCGAGAUCCACGAGUUCGCACAGCUCUGCGACAAGACCUGUAAACGGAUUCUCAAUCUUCUCUCGCUAGGCCUGGAGAUCCCGGAGGAUUUCUUCACAACUCGUCACGACCCCAGCGCUGGGCCAACAGGUAGCAUCCUCCGCUACCUGUACUACCCAUCAAUUUUCUCCCCGGCAACAGCAAGCUAUAAGCAUGACAAAGACGUGCGUGCCGGUGCCCACUCUGACUACGGUAGCAUCACGCUUCUUUUCCAGCGUCCUGGACAGCCCGGUCUGGAGAUCUUCACUCCGGAAGGAACUUGGGCACCCGUUCCCAUUAUUCCCGGUGAUAAUGCAGAUGCGUACCCAUUCCCCCCUAUUCUGGUCAAUAUCGGAGACCUCUUGAGUUACUGGACCGAUGGGCUGUUAAAGUCUACGGUACAUCGGGUCGUGUUCCCGUUGGCUGAGCAGCGUCGUCCGAAUCCGCAGGAUCGGUAUACUCUGGUUUACUUCUGCCACCCUGUUGAUACAACAGAGCUGGUUCCCGUUCCUAGUGAGGCCGUGAAGCAGCACCGGGCGAAGGCGGGUGAUGUUGGCGCUGUUGGCUUUGGGGGUGGUGCGGGCAGUUUGGAGCCAGGAAAGAGACCUUUGACUGCGCAGGAGCACUUGGAGUCAAGACUGGCGGCUACUUAUGGAUUUACAAAGGAUGAAUAA